AUGAACCAAAGAACUAAACUCAUUUCACUUGCCAUUGGAGUAUUUCUACUUAAUCCGAGUCAUUAAAAGCAGCAGAACUCUCAGUUCUGCCAGUUUAACUCAGAUUGCACAUCUGGUUGCUGCUAUUCUCAGAUGUGCUAGGAUUACAAUACUUGCUCAAUUAUGGAUUAAAUCAAAUCAUUUGAGAAUAAAAACUAUUGCAAGCUUGAUAUGGACUGUGAUGGUGGCACUACUUAGUGCUGUUUCGAUUAAAAAUGUGUAGCUUCAGAUGUAUGCCUGUAGCAUUACUAUCUGCCAUUGAUCCUCGGUCUCGUAUUUUCGAUCAUUAUUGGAUUCAUAGUCUCUAAAUUAAUUGAUAAAUGCUUAAAGUAGCAAGCCAAGAGAAUAAAAAAGGAAUUGAGGUAAAAACAAAGAAAAGCAAAUAGAAAACGAUAGAGGAAGGAAAUGCAAUAAUUACUAGGCAAGGAAGGCUAUGAAUAGUAUAAAUAAUAAAAGAAAUUGGAAAAAUCACAAAGGGAUAAAGACAGUGAUGAUGAAGAUGAGGAUCAUCAAAUUAAAGUAGAUGGCUAGUAGUUUAUUUUGCCAGAUGAAAGCUAGAAUCCUUUAAAAAGACCAAAUAACAAGGAUGAUGACUUUGAUCUGAAUGCUUUCUUAGAGGAACCAAAGAAAAAACCUCCUUAGUAAUAGAUACCACAAUAAUAGCCUAAUCCUUAGUAACAGUAGCAACCAUAGUUGUCAAGAUAAUAAUAGUAAUAGAUGCUAUAAAUGCAAAUAAUGUAACAGUAAUAUCAGCUACAGUAAGCUUAAAAGAUGCAAUAGAUGCAAUAAUAACAAUAGUAAUAAUAGCAGCAGCCGAUGCCUUUCUAAGAUAAGCUUAAACCACAAUAAGUCCCAGGAAGUUAAUCAGCUUAGAAUAGACCUCAGAAUAGUCUGAAUGCUUCUAGACUCAACAACGGUCCUUAAUUUUUUGGCAAAUAAAAUCCUAACUAAGGAAUUGUUUAGGCUUAAAAUCCCAUAUAUCCAGACUACAAACCAAAUGUGCCUAAUCCAGCUAAGAUGGAGUAAAACAUUAUAAGAAAUCCACCAGUUAAUAAUGAUAUGAACGAAAGAAGACAAAUGAUCUAAUAAAACAAAGGUGCCUUAAGCAAGCAUCUGUCCUAAAUGCCGAAAGAGCAGUGA